AUGAAUGAUCUUUCAAAACAAGAAUUUAUUUCUAGCAUAUUUGAAAUUGAUGCAAGUUAUUCAUCAACCAUAAACUCAACCACAGUUCAGAUAUUCACUACCUGUCAGUCUCUUCCAUUGAACCUCUUUUUAUUUGUGGAUAAAAAACCAAUUAUUGACAUCGACGUCAUAAAUAAAAUUAUCACACAAAUUAUAUCAACACCAAUAGAGCCUCUUGUAUUUUAUGACAAUCAAUUUAUUUCUCAGUGUUCAGUACAUCCAAUUGGUGCAAUUAUUAUUGAUUGCAUAACUCUUAAUUUUGAAGACAUUCAAAAUUGCUUCAAGAAUACUUUUAAAGAACUUAUUCACCAUAUACAGAUUGACUCUAACCUAACAGAAAAGCUUACACGAUCAAUAUCACAAAUAAUACAAUCAAGUCCAAACUAUUCAUUUAGUUAUGAGUGUAGCCUUUUAUUAGGAAAAAAUCCCGCCUUAAAUUUAAAAGCCCUCAUUAAUGGAGCAUUAUAUGACGGUUAUAUUAAAAUGAAAUAA